AUGAAGCUUCUCAGCCUUCUUGCCCUUGGAGCACUGGCGGCCUUCACCAACGCCGCGGCUAUCGAUGGCGGCUUAGUGGAGAAACGUUGUUUGGAGGCGGGCGCGGACUGUCAGGAUGAUCGAAACGGAUGCUGCGAGGGUUACUCAUGCCCGAGUGUAUUUGGCGAGCACUACAUCUGCCGUCCGAAUAAUUAG